AGUAGAGGACAGAGAAGAGUCAGGGAAGGGAGAGGAGUACAGUAGUGACACUUCUCUUUUAAUCAAACUAAAGAUGGCUCACUUCAAGGCUUAAGACUAGUUAGAUAAACAAUAGAUGCUUCUUCAGUCUGGAAUUAUUGCACACCAACGAGGUUUGGAGCUUUCACCCAUGGAUUCUGUUAAAGCAGCACUGGUGGCAUUAUGGUCCUGUAUCACAUGGGAACGCAGCGAAACUAUGUGGCACAUGGGGGUGUACAGACAUGGCGGCCGCUGAGAGAAUGACCAGGCCAGACGUCAUCUGCUCCACUGUCCACAGGUUGAAGAAGAGCUGUUUUAUUGAGACCAGACGAUCCGAGAUCACCUCAGCAAAGUCAGCUGAGCAGAAAAAAGAGCGGGAACCAAAGCGCCCCUUCACUCCAUUAGAGAACCUGGACAAUCAGGAAAAACCCCCCACAAUGGCGCACAGGAGGACGCUUGACCCUCAAAGCACUGAGAAAACUCUCUUGGUUGGUAAAAAGCUCCCCAGAUCCAAUGGAUGCAACAUCAAGGACAAGAUUUCUCUGUGGGAGGGGAAGGAGCCUGCUCACUCAACCACUGCCUCCAGUUCUUUGGUCCAGUGUGUUAACGUAAGAAGGACAGAAUCUCUGACAAAAAACAGCAGUCAAAGCUCUGAUGAUCAGUGUGCAGAGAGCUGCAGGAGAGCAGAACAGGAGGAAAAGGAAAAUCACAGCAAAGAGAAUUUAGGAAAACUUGAAGAUUUAAGAUCUUGUGUGAGUUUAGAAAGUGGGAGACAGCAAAGAGGCACGCUGAAGAGCAGCAAGCCCAGUGAGAACCAGAAAGCCGAGGACUGUAGUCGAGCUAUCUCACUGGAAAAGGAGGAGCAUAAGAGCGAGAAUGAAGAAAAGCUUGGAGACUCAAGGCCUUGCUCGACUACGGUUGCAGCACAGCAGCAGGUGGGAACUUUGAGGAAGAGCAAUGAAAGGACAAAAGGGGAACAAAGCAGCCAAGAGAAGAGGGCUGUGUUCACUCUGUUCAAAAAGCUGGAGGCUAUGGGGGACAACUAUGGGAAAACUCCUCCGGAGCUCGGAAACUACUUCAGCCCACCGAGCAAGGACAAACAGGUGGACGCUAAGAAGAAAGCAUGCGAAGCUAAGGGUCAGUUUAAUGCUGUGAAGUCAUCAGGAGGGAAGCAGGACCAGGAAAAUGUCUACACAGAGCCAGGCACACUACCUAUCAACCCGGUCCCCAAACCCAGACGGACCUUUCAGCAUCCAGCGAUUGCCUCCAAUGGGAAGACUCCAAGGCAGGGAAGAGGGCAGAGGAAUCUCCCUCCAUUGCCAUCUAACUCCAUGAAAAGUACCUCAAAGCCUCCUUCUGGUGUGUACGGGAGACCCAGGGCUGAGAGAGUCAGAGACCACAUCAACAGGAAACCCUUUGAGUUCGAAGACCUUACAGGGUCAACCAGCCCGCCUUUGUGUCGCUCACUGUCUCAGGAACAUCAUUAUGAAGACAUAGACUCCUCCAAAGAGAACCCAUAUGAGGACAUAGAGCUGGAGAGUCAGUGUUCCCAGCAGUCUUUGCCUUCCUCUCCUGGAGCCGACACUGCCAAGACCUCGAGGCCCGGCUUCUUCAGGCAGAAUUCAGCCAGGAGCUUUAAGCUGCUGGAUCUAAGAAAACCCCACCAGUCCAGCCACAGCGUCAGCAGUGGGGGGGUUUCGUCUCCACGCGAGCUCUGCCCUUCCUCCACUCCCUCUGGGCCUGAAAACACUUCCUGGCUCCCUGGAGAUCCAUACAGUCGCACCUGCCGUAGGAUUCCAACAGCUGUUCUACGAAUCAACAGCAUCUUUGAGUCUCGGAUUGGAAAGAAACAUCUCCGGAGGAUCUAUCACUACGCUGAGACGAGCUCAGGAAGAGAUGACAACAGCGACUCGGAGAGUGAAAUCGAAGAGAGAGCAAAAGCUCAUCGCCAACGGCUCGUUUCAGUCAAGUCCAUCCUCAGCAAGCCGAGCCAGUCUUCUGUUCACUACAACGGUACAAGCAGCGUUCGAGAACAGGAGCUCCGCCAGCGUCAGCUCUUUGAGUAUUUUCUAGUCGUGUCUCUGCAGAAGGCGAAAGGUGGUUCCCACUAUCUGCCGGAGGUUACACAGCAGUUCCCCCCAAAGCUGGAGCGAAGCUUCAAGUUUAUGAGAGAGACCGAGGACCAGCUCCGGAUCAUCCCUCAGUUCUGUUUCCCUGAUGCUAAAAGCUGGGAGCCCGUGGAAAACUACCCAAGUGAGAUGUUCUCCUUUGUUUUGACUGGAGAGGAUGGGAGCAGGAGGUUUGGAUACUGCCGGCGUUUACUGCCCAGUGGAAAAGGCAAACGCCUACCAGAGGUCUACUGUAUCGUCAGUCACCUCGGCUGUUUUAACCUCUUCUCCAAGGUUCUGGAUGAAGUGGAGAGACGAAGGGCUUUAUCUCCAGCUCUUGUUCAGCCUUUUAUGAGAGCCAUCAUGGAGGCUCAGUUUCCUGCUCCAGGCAAAACCAUCACAGUUAAGACGUUCCUCCCAGGCUCAGGCACCGAGGUGAUGGAGCUCUGUCGACCUUCUGACUCCCGCCUGGAGCAUGUAGACUUUGAGUGUCUGUUCUCCUGUCUGAGUCUGCGGCUGCUCCUUCGGGUGCUGGGCUCUCUGCUGCUGGAGCGAAGGGUCAUCUUCACUGCUGACAAACUCAGCACUCUCUCCCAGUGCUGCCACGCCGUCGUGGCCCUCCUGUAUCCCUUUGUAUGGCAGCACACCUACAUCCCAGUGCUGCCCUCAGCUAUGCUUGACAUCGUCUGCACUCCAACCCCGUUCAUCGUCGGCCUGCUGUCCAGUUCUCUGCCCCAGCUCACUGAGCUCCCUCUGGAGGAGGUACUGGUUGUGGAUCUUGGAAACAGUCGAUUUCUCAGACAGCUGGACGAUGAAGACACCAUCCUGCCUUCUAAGCUCCAGUCGGCUCUGGAGAAUGUUCUGGAGAGGAGAAGAGAGCUAGCUAGUGAGAGAGGAGGAGACACACCCAGUGACUUAAGUCACAUCAGCACUGUCGUGUCCGAGGCCUUUAUUCGUUUCUUCGUGGAGCUCGUCGGCCACUAUCCACUCUUCAUCGUCGGUGAACGUGAAGACGGCUACUCCUCCUCCUCCUCCUCUCCAGCUUCCUGCUUCUUCCAGCGGGACGGCUUUCGUAAAGCAAUCCCGUCUAAAACCAUACGCCGCUUUCUGGAGGUCUUCAUGGAGACUCAGAUGUUUGGCUGGUUCAUCCAGGAGAGAGAGCUCCAUGGACAAGCCCUUAAAGGCCUGUUUGAGGUGAGGGUGCAGGAGUAUCUGGACUCGAUCCAUGAGAAUGAACACCGCAGGGUCAACAGGUUCCUCAAAGGCUUGGGAAACAGAAUGAAAUUUCUUUCCAAGAAGUAACAAAAGUUUCACUGCCAAAAAGAGAAGAAGAGCUGAAGACCUGAUGGACAGAAGGAAAGCAGAACAGGAGAUUGCUGAUUCAAGGCAGUUUGAGGGAUGCUUAUUUGUGCCAUCAUUGUCCCUGCAACAAAAUACCAAAUAUUUCAAAAUUAAAAGGACCAUAAUGCACUGAAACGACGUUGAAUUGGGCAUCAGAUGUUUGUUGUAAUGUUGCAAAGACACUACUUACAUUUAUACACCUCCUUUAAUGCUUGAGCUGCCGUCUUGGCAAUGAUUCUCAAGGCAUUCUGGGAGAUGUACCCCUGGAAAAUGUCUUUUUGAUGAGUCGUGUUGACCAGGUGACAAACUCAAUCACAGCAGAGGCUGGAUGCUGGAUUCAGGACUAACCUGAGGGCCUAACAGGGUCACCUUUUUAACCAGAAACUGUCAACAGUGUUUCAACAGUAAUAAAAUAUGAAAAAAAAACCUUGAUGGUAAACAAUUUAAAAAGUUUUUGAUUGGCCCUCUGAAAAUUCAUUAAAUUACAGUAAAUCUGGCCCUCAACAGAGCAUGACGCUUGUGCCAGACUGUUUUAUUCUUCUUAGUAUUAGGACAAGGCAGUGCUACCAAACUAACUCUGUAAACAAACAUUUUGACAUGUUUUUGUGCUGUUUUUGAAGACUAAAUUGAGACACUAUAAAUAGUAAACAUAUUGGUGCAAAAUAGUAAAGAUCUUGAUUUAUAACAUCCUAAUGGAUUACAGCAGCAAACAGGAGCACAACUGAUGUUCCAGGGGCGGAGCCAGUGGUAGCCAGAGCCAACCACGGCCCUCUGAAAUAUGACUGGCCAAAAUUCUUAAAAAAUGAUUGGCUAUUUGCCUUAUCAGCCAUCAACUCGCCAUUUAAGCAUACCUAAUCACUCAGCAUAUCUCAUCCUACAAUAGAUUGGCGUUACUUACUUUAAUAUCAAAAUGAGGCAUAUAAAAGUGACCCUAACAUCCUCAUAUAUUUCUGUAUGUGGCCCCCGAUGGAAAAAGAUUGGACAGCCCUGAUUUCUGGGGCUGCAUGUCCAUCUCCGGGGUUUGAAGCUAAAACACUCUGCAGUGAAAAAAAAACUCUCAAGUGGGAAUCUGCUGAUGGGUGGAUUAAUGAAACAACAAAACAUAAAGUCAUUCUUGAUUAAACUGAUUUCAUCUCAGUUUUUUCUUUAAAUUGGUUUUAAAAGCUGUAGGGAGCUCAUAAAGAUGACGCCCGAAAUACCACUUCCUAUUUGCUCUUCUGCCUAUUGUCUGGAUUUAAUGAUGGCCUUGGGGCCGGAUGUGAAGAUGUGGGUGGUCCUGAUGUGGCCUCCUGGCCACCAGUUGAUGAUCACUGUUGUACACUAUAGGUCAUUUGCAGUCACGUGAUCCUGGUGAUGUGCAAAUGUCAGCUGGGGGUCAGGAAGUGGGGAACAGCCGAAAGAACUGAAUUGGAACUGAGGAAAGUUAGACGUACAGCUCUAAAUGGGAGUGUAUGCUGCUAUUAGCAUCAGCUAACUCCUACAAACACUGAGUACAAUCUCUACAUAGUACUGAAAAGUGAUUUUUUUCCCACACUUAAACUGAUUUACCUGGUGUGGAGGCUAUCACUAUUUACUCAGUCCUGCAGACCUCCUAACUUUGUCUAUCCAGAUCAGGGAUGGGCAGAUUUGGUUACAAGAGCACCACAUUAAUUCUGCUUUCACUGCCAAAGGACCAAAUUGUUACAGAUUGUUGGAUAUUCUCAAUUUUAACCCAAUGAAUAUUAUAAUUCAAUGAAAGGAAGAAUAUGUUGCUUUCAUGAUCAUUUAUUAUGCCAACAUUAAUAUUUUUGAGUUCAGGUGCAAAAAGAAAUAGUAAAUUUAAUGAGAAGUACAGAUUUAAAUCAAUUUCAAGCUGAUUUUUUAAUGUAAAAGUUACUCUUAAUUAGUUGCAUAUUUAUUUUUUUAACUGGUGCAUUUAGUGAUGCUCAUAAAAAGUUGUACAGCCGAUAAAAUCUACUAAAAAAAGAAAAGAACUAAAAAAUACUUAAUCAAAAAUUUGAAUAAAAUAAAAAAUAGGAUGUUAAUAAAUGCAUUUCUUUUUUUAAACAAAUUAUAAAACUAUGAAUACAUUAUAUGAAGUAAUUUAAAAACAAUGAAUAAAAUAAAAUCAUUAGAAUGAAAAAAAAAUCAAAACAAGUUAAAAACAAGUUUGAUAUUGUUUUUCUCACCUAAUGAAUGAAUAACUAGAGGAGCUGACCAUACACCAGAUGUGAAAGACUAUUGUGGCAGAUUUUUUCUGUUUUUUAAAGUUUAUAAUUUCUUGCUACUUGAACCAGUAUCAAUUUCGUCAACUAAAACUAUGACUAAAAAUGUUCGUU